AUGGUGACAACAAAUUCACCUGUUGUGGAAAACAAGACCACAGACGACAAUGUUAAACUGUCAGCACAGCAUCUCGAACGCGUGGAAACGAUCGACACAACUCAACCCGAUGUUUCGGACCUCAGCAUUUGGCAGACGAUCAAACAGAAUCCCUUCAUCGUGCUAUGUUGUAUCUAUGCUAAUAUGGGGGCACUGAUGUACGGAUUCGAUAACAUUGCACUUUCACUUUGUUUGAACGUGGUGCCAUUCCAAGCGCAAUUUGGUGAACAAGUAUCCCCUGGUUUUGGUGCUUGGGGAGCUGCACCUGUGUCAGAUCGUUUCGGUCGUCGUGUUUCCUUCUGUGUAUCUGGACUCAUCUCAAUUGCCGGGACUGCUGUUAUAUACACAGCCACAACACCCGGAGCUUUUCCUGGAGGCAAAAUGGUGAAUGCUAUUGGACUUGGUGUGGCUUUGACUACUGGUCAAAUCUAUGUAUCAGAAAUUACUCCUCUUAGGAUUCGCGGAGUAGCAUUGUCAGCGUAUGCUUUUAGCAUGAAUUUAGGAUACCUUAUCGCGGCAUCUGUUGCCUUCGAUCGUGUAACAAUCAUGAAUCAGUCUUCAUACAAAGUUCUCUUCGCCUCAAACUGGGUUUGGCCGCUAGUCAUUGUUUUAUUCGCUUUCAUCAUUCAUGAAUCACCCUAUUACCUUGUCCGAAAAGGCAAUUUAUCUUCUGCCACCAAAGCUCUUUCAAAACUUUACAAUAAGUCUAUCUCAGUCGAACCCAUUCUCGGUAGUAUGGUCCGAAUUACGCGUGAAGAAGAGUUCCAAGCCAACGCCAGUAGCGAAACUUCUUACAUGGACCUUUUUAAAGGUACAAAUUGGCGCAGGACAAGAAUCAUUCUUUACACAAACGGUCUCAAUAAAAUGAUUGGUGCUACUUUCAUCUCUAAUGCUCCAUACUUUAUGAUCACAGCCGGCCUUUCUUCAUCUCAAUCUUCAAUGAUUAUUGAAUUGGGUAUUGGUUUUGCGUUGAUUAGUAGUUUCUUUACAUUUUGGUUCAUGAAUUUCAUUGGAAGAAGAAAAAUGAUCUUAUCUGGUAUUUCAGUUGCUGUUGUUCUCUUCUUGAUCAUGGGUAUUACAGCAAGUGUCUCUUCAUCGAAAGCAUUCUCAUGGUGUGUGGGCGUAACACUCCAAAUGGUUUGGUUCACCAUCGGCCCUUCCAUCUCCCUUGCCGGAGAAAUCUCCUCUCUCCGUCUACGAGCUAAAUCACAAUCUCUCGGGUUCUUUUUCAACUAUUCUUAUUCUACUGUUUGGAACGUAGCUGUACCAUACAUGUUCAAUGCGACUAAAGGAAAUCUAGGUGGAAAAAUGGGAUGGAUAUUUUUUGCAACAGCUUGUAUUACAUGGUUUAUUGUGUGGAUAGAGAUACCAGAGACGAAGGAUAGAACAUAUGGAGAGUUAGAUGAGAUGUUCAAUGAGAGAGUACCUGCGAAGAAGUUUAAGACGUAA